AUGUCCUCUUUCGAACCAGUGGUCGUCAUCGACGGCAAGGGACACCUCCUUGGUCGCCUGGCCAGCACUGUCGCUAAGCAGCUGCUGAACGGUCAGAAGAUCGUCGUUGUGAGAUGUGAGGCCCUUAACAUCUCCGGCGAGUUCUUCCGCGCGAAGCUGAAGUACCACGCCUACCUCCGCAAGAUGACCCGUUUCAACCCCACUCGUGGUGGUCCCUUCCACUUCCGCGCUCCCUCCCGCAUCUUCUACAAGGCUGUCCGCGGCAUGAUUCCCCACAAGACCGCCCGUGGUGCUGCUGCCCUUGAGCGCCUGAAGGUCUUCGAGGGUGUUCCCCCUCCCUACGACAAGAAGAAGCGUGUCGUUGUCCCCCAGGCUCUCCGUGUCCUGCGUCUGCGCCCCGGCCGCAAGUACUGCACCGUUGGCCGUCUCAGCCACGAGGUUGGCUGGAAGUACCAGGACGUCGUUUCUCGUCUCGAGGAGCGCCGGAAGGUUAAGAGCAAGGCCUACUACGAGCGCAAGAAGGCUGCUCGCCGUAACCUUGCCAAGGCGGAGUCGGGUGCCAACGUUGACAGCAAGACCAAGAGCCAGCUCGCUCAGCUCGGCUACUAG